UUUGAUCCCCGGCCCUGCUUGAUUAGCGCGCGAGGCUAGCCUAGAUCCUCGGGGUCGGUCGGUCCAUCGAUCGGCCCGGCGACUUGUGUCUCGUUGCCUGUCUGCUUGUUUAGCUUCGAUCGAUCCGGUUCCGGCCGGCCCCGGUCGACAUGGAUCAGUGUGCGUCCAGGGUGCUGCCAAUCAUCGACGAGGGGUCGGAGUUGGAGUCGGAGACGGGGUCGUCAACGGAGGGCGUGGCGCCCGAGACGACGACGAGGAAGGCCGCGGCGGCGGCGGCGGCGAGGGCCAUAGCCGAGCGCAGGAAGGCGAUCGUGGCCAGGAUGAGGGGGCUGCUCCGGCGCGCCGUCGUGCAGUCGUCCUCGGCGGCGGCGACUCAGUCCAAGCUCCGCUCCUCCACCGUGGCCACCGCCAAGAAAUGGAAGAGGGUGGUGAGCUUCAAGAGCUGGGACCAUCAGCGGCGGCGGCAGGCCGUCCACGGCAGUGUCGACGGCAUGAGCUCCGCGUCGUCGGUGUCCAGCGCCAGCAGGAACAGCCUCAGCAGCCGGGACGCUGCCUUCCCGCGCUCCCCUCCACUGUACACCACCGCGUAUAACCAUACGAACAAGAUAUGCUUCGAAGAGAUCAUGGCGAUGGAGCAUGAGGCUCACUGGAUCACCACGGAUUCCGACUUCGUCGUGCUGGAGCUCUAG